CAAUAGUCUGUCAGUCAAUAUUGUCAAUUUUGCAGUUUUAAAUUUUGAAUGCAUGACGGUUAUUUUUAUUAGCUAUUUUAGCAGUUAUCUUCAGUUUUGAUAAAUUCCAACUUUUACAAUCUCAUAUUUUUGAAAUGUCUAAAGAGUCAACAAAGAAAAAAGUUAACGAAGAAACAGAACAAUACCUGAAAACCUUAAAAAUUCCCCAAGGUUUGGAAAAUGACACUCGACUCAUGGUGUCUAAUAUGCUUUCACAUGAUGCUUUUGGAAACAAUGAAUAUAAAUGGUCUCUGGAUGACUUCGAAUUAGGGCAAAGGUUGGGAAGAGGAAAGUUUGGGAGGGUAUAUGUAGCUCGAGAGAGAAAAACUGGAUUCAUCGUUGCCUUAAAGACUCUACUAAAACGGGAACUUGUGAAAGGCCGUGUUGAGAGACAAACUUUAAGGGAAAUAGAGAUCCAAAGUCAUUUGAAACAUCCCAACAUUUUACAAUUGUUGGCUUGGUUUCAUGAUUCCCACAGGAUUUACUUGAUUCUGGAGUAUGCUGGAAGAGGGGAGUUGUACAAGCAUUUAAAAUCCAGUCCUGGAGGUAGAUUCAAUGAACACUU